AUGGCUGAGUUUCGAAAUAACAUGCCGUGCAAGGGCAAGUAUGUUCUGUUCGAAGACCACGAUAAACUGAAAGCCAUGAUGGGAAAUGAUAUCAUGCAGUCAGGGCCGAUGGGGACUGUUGGUGUAGUGAGUUCCGGGCAGACUUUCAUUCCUUCGAAAUGCGUAAAAGACUUUGUUGUCACCUGUUUUGCCCUGUUGAUAGCUGGAAAGGUCGGAAAGGACAUUCCGCCAAUGGAAGGCAUGCGAGUUACCAUGGCUCCUCAUUUAAGACAGCAUGGUAUCGGCACAGUCACAGCAGUGAAUGACACAACGUUUGCUGGGAUGGCGGUGGAAGACAUCAUCUACGGCUCCAACAACUUGUACGUGUCAGAAAUAAACGAGGGCUCCUCCUUCAGGAUACGAGAAAAUCUCAUCGGCCAAUACGAGCUGAUCGAUGAAAGGACCAUCUAUGCAAUCGCGGAGGGACUUCAAGAUGAUCUUGAGAAGGCGGAGCGCAAAAUUGAACAAAUGCGAAAUAUGACAGACUUGUCCAUGCAUGCUGCAGAAGAGAAGGUUCAGAAAGCUGAGAAAACCAUACUGCAGAUGGAGCAAAACGCGAUUCAGCUUCAGAACUCGGUCCGAGACAUGGAGCAACAGGUUGCAGAGAAGGAUCGCGUAAUUCUUGCGCUCCAAUCUGAACUCAGUAGUGCCAAGAAGUUGAAAGAAAUAGUCGAAGUUAGGGCAGAGAGCGAGGCUAAGGCUCGUAGGAAGGCUGAGCAAGAUUCGAUCGAUACUGCGGAGAGGCUACGUGAUAUUGUAUCCAACGCAACCGAAUGGCAGAACAAGUACCACUCCUUGAACUCAGAGUUCUCCGAGUACAAGCUUCAAUAUUCGAACUUCGAAGUCGUGCAGCGCGAUCUCGAGGCUCGCAUUGAGCUGUUGACUCAGAGUAACGGAACACUUACGAAGCACGUCACUGAGUGGCAAAAGAAGUAUGUAAACAGCGACGAUAUUUUGGUAGAAAAUCAGAAACUAGCUGACGGGGUCAAGCAAGCAGAAAGGCUAAUUGAGGAAUGGAAGAACAAGCACAAAGCAUGCGAAAAGGAACUUGCUGAGGCAAGAUCGAGACUGAGUCAAACAGACAUGGCUGCUUUUUCUUCUCGAAUGUGGAAUGAGAAGAUUGAGUCCUGGCAGAAGACGGUUCUCGAUCGUGACUCCAGAAUCAGUCAGCUCGAGCAAUCCAUCAUACGUCUGGAGGCAGAAUGCUCGCGACUCACUCAAGAGAACAGAUUUCUCAAUUCCCAGGCUUCUCAGAAGAUUGUCGACAGGUCUGCUGAUGACAGCCAAGAUCGAUCACCAGGCCAAAACGUGGGCACAGUGGGGCUGGUGCUAGAUAAGGAUGAUGAUGAGAUCUACGUUCUUGACAUCAUUUCUGGUUCUGCUGCAGAAGCUGAUGGACGAAUCAAGGUUGGUGAUGUGGUGCUUGAAAUCAACGGGCGAGCGGCAAAAGACCUUACGGCGAGCUUGUUGCUCCGAGGAGAGGUUGGCAGUGAAUGCAACUUGAAGAUGCAAGGAAGGGAUGGACCGAGCUACUCAAAGGUCAUUACAAGAACUAAAAUCAUGCCAGUAAUCAACGCAGACAUCUCGAUCUCACGUCCUUCUAGUAAGCCCAGUGGGCAGCCUGGACUCUGGCCUGGACUCUGGCCUGAGGCCGCAGUGGACCAGGCCCCCCGGCCCCCCAGGUCGAUUGGCGAAUGA